AUGAGCGUUCUUGACUUUUACUCAGAAGACAUAGUAGCGGGUGAAGAACCUGAAAUUCUGGAAACUUCAAAUCCAAUAUGCUUUGACGAAUCGUCUUAUUCUUCUGAAAUUAUUCAUCCAUGUGUGUCAUCAGGUACUACGGCUUAUACACCUGAUCAAGAAAAUUUAUCAGAACUUGAACGUCGGCUACAGUUUACACAGUCGGAACGCUACGACGGAAGUAGACCAAUCAUUCCUGAUGAGUGCACAUUAAUUGUGGAUGAAUUCCUAUACAAAUUACGCGAACGCGUAACCUCUUCAAAAUUUGAAAGUGACUUGGAAGACUGGACUUUGAUCAUUGAAACCCUGAAAGAAAAAAGCCGUUCACUUCGCAACGCCUAUGAGACAAAGCAUAAUCGCCUUCCCGAAGAUGAGCCUGAAUUAAAUUUGAAUGUUGAUUCAGAGACCACUUCGAGAAUUUUUCUGUUACUGGAAAAAGUGCAAAUGCUGGAAAAAUUGACAGGAAUUGUAAGCAGACCAAUUGAAAAUGGUAGCAUACAAUUGCAGCUUAAUGUUCUGAAUCAAAAAAUUGAAGCUCUGAUGUCUUACAUGUCCCAGCAAAGCAAAAAUGUGUCUAGCAAAGUAACAACGGAUAGCUUGUUCUCGAUCGAACGAGAUAGCUCCUUGCUUCAAAAGAUCGAAUAUCUGUAUGAGAGGUAUGCAUCAUUGCGCAUAUCUAAUUUGGAGAGAGUCAAUGCUCAGUUAAAAUCCAUUGGUUUGGUGGCAAAUUCUAUUGCCCCUUCAUGCGACUUUCUCAACAAUUUAGGCAAUGAGCUCAAUACGAUGCAACGACAAAUAACAAAUUGGGAAAGCAAGCUUUCUGAUUUAGAAGAAUACAUGGCCGAAAGCCGCAAAAUAAACUGGGAAAAUCAAUCUCAAGUAGAUAUAUGGAUAAAAAAACUAGAGAAAGAGCUACACAAAUAA